AUGGGUGAGGGUUUCUGGGGGGGGGGGGGGGUGGUUGGGGUUGUGGGUGGUAUGGGGGGGUGGUGGGGUAGGGGCUGGAUGGUGGGGGGGGGUUUGUGUGGGGGUGGGGGGUUGUGGGGGGUGGGGGGGGUGGGGCGGGGUGUGGGGUGUGUGGGGGUGGGGGGGGGGGGGAGGUGGGGGUGGGGUGGUGGGGCGGUGUGCGGGGGGGGGGGUGGGGGGGGGUGGGGAUGGGGGGGGGUUGGGGUGUGUUGGGUGGGGGGGGGACGGGGGGGGGGUGGGGGGUGGUGGGGGUGGGGGUUGUGUGGGGGGGUGGGUGGGGUGGUUUGGUGGGGGGGUGUGGGUUGGGGGGAGGUGUGGUGGGGGGGUGAUGGAGGGUGUUUGAGGGGGGUGGUUGGGGGGGAGGGGGAGGGGGGGAGGUGGGGGGGGUUGUGUGUGAUUGAGGGUUGGGGUUGGGGUGGGGGUUGGGGGGCGGGGUGGGAGGGGUUAUGGGGAGUGGGGGGGGUGGGGGUGAUGGGGGGUGUGGGGGGGAGUUGGUGGGUGGUGGUCGGGGGUGGUUGGUGGGGUGUUGUGGUGGGGUUGGGGUUGGGGUGUUUGUGGGGGGUUGGUUGGGGGUUGUUUUUGUUUGUCGAUGGGGGGAGUGUAGUGGGUGGUUGA